AAUUUAAUGAUUUGUAUACACAACUUGAAAGUUUUCUGUGCGAGGUAGAAAAGCAAAUCUGAAACAGAACUCUGUGUCACUGAUGAGAAAAUAUUCUGUCUUUGUUCUGUGUACGAUCAUUGGAGCGAGACGUUAUUUGUAGUGGUUCUUCUCUUUUGCAACAGCCGGCAGGAGCGUUCACUGGGCUAAUCUUUAUCUUCGGUUUGCUCUUCAGAACGAAUGCCUCUGAUGUGAAGCCACUUUGCAGGAAAUGUGACCUCAUUCGGGCUCGGUGCCGCUGAUUGCACAGGCUGUUUUCAAAAGGAAACAGAGACUUGCUAGACCUGCCUUUGCGAAGAGCCAGGGCUGAGCUCUCCCGGGAAGCUGCUCAAGGAACAGCCUCCACCAGCCGUGCCACGGGCUCUCGGGCUGAUGAAGAGAAAAUUUUUGCACGCAUGUGUUAAUUGUGAAAUGGAUUUUCCAGGUUCAACACCAUUUAAUGAAGAGCAUAGACACAGCAUCUCAAGACAUAUUUUUCCAAGUUGUGCUUGUGCCUUUUUGGAUGACGAUCCUGCCUAUGAGUGCUCCACAAAUCCUCUGGCAGGCUCCCUUCCUACAUGCCGCCGCAGCCCUCGACUGCUUUCUAAUGGUUAUUAUGUUUUGACAGAAGACAGUUUUCUGUCUGAUGAAGAGGGCAACAUAACACUGACACCAUCCCACACAAGUGUUACAUAUAAAGAGAAUUUAGUUCGUGUAUUCAGGCGAAGGAAGAAAAUUCGUCGCUCUCUUGACAGCUUGUUCAAUCUCAGUGCCUCUAGCUCAUGGCUCAGCUCCACCAUUCCCAGCAGGAUGGAUUUCUCCCAUGUAGAGGAGCCUUGGCCUGAUGGAUGCAGUAAACUAGAAGCCAGUCACAGUGAUAUUGGUGAUUCAGACUUUUCUUCUGAAUAUAAUAACCAAGUGUCACAAAGGCAAAUUCCAGCAUCCAAUGGAGCAUUUCUCACCAAAGAUGGUGAGUUUCUUCAUUUUGAGGAACCAUUUUGUGCUUCAAAAUCCUGUUCUUCAUUUAUGAUAAAUGCAAAUGAAGAGAAUUCGAGCAAUGCAGAAUCCAGGACAGUGAAAAAUGUAAUUUCUCAGACGGUUGCACUGAUCAUGUGUUUAAUCAUUUCAGUAUGUACAAGAUAUUUUCUGGGAGGACUGUCUGCCACUUUGUUGAUGAUGAUUUUAGUUUUUCUUUUGUCCCAAGAUGCUGCUGUGUCAUCUUUCUUCAGUCUUGAUGCAUUUUCCAAAACAACUAAGUUUUGGUAA